AUGAUACCAUUACGCUUGGACGAACUCAUACGCGAGACAACAACAAUGGCAAACAAGCAAGUCGAGGCGACGAGAGAUGACAAAUUCGGAUACACAAUUCAUACUUUAAAGGAGCGAUACGAUCUCCGUGCAUCUAUUGAAGAACUUAAUACGAUUUCAUGGCCAAAGUUUCUAGCGCAAGACAUUGUUACGAAUGAUGCAUGGGAUGUUCUGUUCAAGGAAUGGAACGAAUAUCAAGUAGUAAUCGUAGAUAACGAUGGAGAUAAACUUAUAGGCGUCGGACUAACAGUACCAAUACAUUGGGACGGCAAUAUCAACACAUUACCUUCCGGCUGGGAAGCUGCUACUCAACUAGGACUAGAUGAUCUAGCUGCUGGAAAAAGACCUACAGCUCUGUCCGCUUUUGCAAUUAUGGUGAAUCCUCAAAUGCAGAAGAAGGGUAUUAGUGCUCUUAUUCUUAAAACAAUACUCAACAUAAGUCGACAGCAUGGUUUCCAUUCGUUCGCCGUCAACGUCCGUCCGAUUCUCAAGAUGAAUUACCCGUUGAUUCCUAUUGAAACAUAUGCAUACUGGGAAAAUGGCAACGGAGAACCGUUUGAUCCUUGGAUGCGCGUGCAUUUUCGGGCAGGUGCCAAACUAAUAGGUGUUUCUCCACGUGCCGUUCUUGUCAAAGGAACGGUGUCUCAGUGGCAGAAAUGGACGAACAUGGAAUUUCCGGACAGUGGAAAGUAUGUAGUUAGCGGUGCUCUUACACCAGUUACCAUACAUCACGAACACAACGUAGGAAUUUACUUUGACCCUGCCGUUUGGAUGAUUCACACCAUUGGUUCUGCUUGA